AGAAAAAGUAAUGUAAUCCAAAAGUUAUGACCGAUAAAAAAUAUUGAAUAUAGAAACAAGUGUUGGAUUGACAAAAGAGUAGUAUGAAAAAAAAUAUUUAUUUCAUCGUUUAAAAGAGAGAUUUUUACAUAGCUCUGAUUUAUCAUUAGAGACAAUCACUCCUGAAGGACAUGAAAAUAUUUAUAUUCCAAUGGAUAUUUAAACUCCAACUUAAGCUGAUGGUCUUAGUUAUGAAGAUGAAUAAGCCUUAAGAAUGCAUGGAGCUUAAAUAUGUUUUCAAGCAUGCAAUCAUUUAAAAUUACCAUUAACAACAGCCAUAACAAGUUUAGUGAUUUAUCAUAGAUUUUUCGCAAAGUAUAUAGAUAUAAUUAAGUAUAGAAAUUCAUUUGUAGAUUAUGAUUAUCGUGAAAUAUCAAUGGCUUCAUUAUAUUUAGCAGGCAAAGUAGAAGAAACAGUGUUAAAAACUUGGUAUAUAGCAAGUACAUUUAGCUCUGUAUUUUAAAAAUAAAAAUAAACACCAUUGUAAUAAUAAUAGAGAUAUAAAAAUAGGGAUAUUAUAAUAAAAUAGGAAAAGUUAAUUUUGAGGGAACUUGGAUUUGAAUUAUUUAGAGUUUCAGAUCAUCCGCAUAAGUUCAUAGAAUCAUUUUAUCAUUUUAUUAAGGUCGAUAAGCAGGUAGCUCAAAAGGCAUGGUGUUACUUGAACGACUCAUAUAUGACUGAUUUAUGUGUACAUUUUCCACCUUAAGUUAUUGCAGCAGGAGCAUUGUAUUUAGCAUUGAGAAUCUGUAAUCAUCCUAUGCCUACUUAACCAUGGUGGAUAUUAUUAGAAGCUACUUUAGAUUAAAUUGAGUAAGUAGCUGCUACUAUUUAUAAUAUUUAUGAAUUCGAAAAAAUUGAUUUUCGAUAAGCGAGAAGAAUAUUAGCUAAAGCAAAUAGAAUUGCUUAUGUUAUUUAACAUAGUGAAAUCUAUGGUAUUCCUGAAAAAAUUGAAAAACCUUUAGAUAAUAAUAUUAAACAAAUAUCUUAAUCAUAAUAAUCAUAAUUAUCAUCUUAAGAUUAAUAAUAAUAAAAUAAUAAAUCAGAAUAAUAAUUAAAAUCACCUGUUGAUAAAAAAAGUAUUAAAAAAAAAAGUAGAUCUAAUGAAAAAAAAAGUAAAGAUAAAAAAAACAAAUCUGAAAAAAAGAAAAAGAAAGAUAAAGAUAAAAAGAAAGAAAAAAAAGAUAAGAAAAAGAAGUAAAUAUAUAAUUACUAUAUUAUUAGAAGUAGAUCAAGGAGUAAAUCGAAUGAUAAAAAAUAAUCGAAAAAAGAUAAAAAAAAAGAUAAAUUUAAAAAAGAUUAGGAAGGUUUAGAUAAACUUUUAAAAAAAGAUUCAGAGAUAAUAGUCUAACAAGACAAAAAUUAGAAUGAAUCCAAAAUGGAAAUUGAGACAACAAAUGAUUCCAAUAACAAUAUAAAAAGCAUCAAUAAUAAUAUCUAGUAAUCAAGUGCAGGUAACGAAUUAAAAAGUGAUGACUAAUUGUGCCUUCCUAUUGUUGAAUAGACAAAUAAUGAACCCUAUCCUUAAGCAUAACAUGUUAUUAAUGACGUUUAGUAGCCACAAUAAUUGCAUGAUGAAAAAGAAUAAUUGAAAGUGUAAUUGCCUUUAUCGAGUAAAUAGGAUUUGAUAGCUUCAAUAAAAGCAAUUCUAAAAACUUAAUAAUUAUAGAAGGAGAAGGAGAAAGAAAAAGAUUAAGAUAAAAAUGAAGAUAAAGAAAAAAAAGAAGAUAACUCUCCAGAUGAAUAUGAUUUAGAAGAAGUUGAAUAAUUAAAAGCACUUAAAUUAAAAAGUAGUUUUAUAUUAAUUAUUUAGUGUUAGCGAAAAAGCGAAACGAUUUAUGA